GAGUUGGGGCUGUUUCAAUGGAAUGUGAACUCUGAGAGGUGGGAUAGGUCUCUAUUAAAGCCACUCAGGUGGGGUCUCAAUACUGGGAUCACGAGAAGAGAUGAUGUGGUUAUUUCUCAUGCAUUAUGCUUAUAGGCAGAUGAUGAUGUUUAUUUAUUUCCUCCUUCAUAGAGAAUCCCAGUCCAGAAAUGGGAAUAUGUGAACCUUAAGAUUAGACGGCCACCUUGAAUCUAAUUGGGUUGCCUCCCCUCUCUCCCCCCCCCCCACAAAAAAUGGGGGUGAGUGGGUAGGCCAUUCCAAUCAGGGUUUCUCUCUCUCUUAAGCUAAUGAUGAUCAAAGCAACUGACAAACUGCCACGGAAUCUGCUAGAACUCACUCUGGCCUUGCCCUAUCCCCAGCUGCUGAACUUUUCUUCCUUCUGUCAUGCUCUGAGCCCAUUCUUAGCAAACUACCAGGCACCUGAUUCCUGGUCUGCAGCUACCCUGGUCCUGUUGUGGUUUGAUUCAAGUGCCUGCCUCUGUUCCCUGGUGGCCCAAUGACAGAGCUUAAUGGAGGUAUCUUCCAGCCCCUCCUCCAACAUCGACCCAGGCAACUAUGGUGAAGUGCAUGAUCUGAUCACCCAGAUACCCUCUCAAGUGCAGAUACAAGAUAUUACUAAGGAGCUACACUGCCCACUGUGUAAUGAUUGGUUCCGUGAUCCAUUGAUGCUAAGCUGUGGCCACAACUUCUGCCAGGCUUGUAUCCAAAACUUUUGGAAGCAGCAAGCAAAGGAAACAUUCUGUCCUGAGUGUAAGAUGCUAUGUCAAUAUAGCAACUGUACAUUCAACCUUGUGCUAGAGAAGCUAGUAGAGAAGAUUAAGAAGCUACCCUUACUCAAGGGCCAUCCACAGUGCCCAGAGCAUGGAGAGAACCUGAAACUAUUCAGUAAGCCAGAUGGGAAACUGAUCUGCUUUCAAUGCAAAGAUGCUCGGUUGUCUGUGGGGCAGUCUAAAGAUUUCCUGCAGAUCUCUGAUGCUGUCACUUUCUUCAUGGAGAGAUGUCCCUAUGGUCCUUCAUCUCCCAAGUUAGUGUGGAUUAAGUCUGUGUGGUAUUCCCAGGAGGAGCUCACCAUCCACCAGGGUCAACUGGAGACAACACUGAAGGAACUUCAGUCUCUGAAGAAUAUGCAGAAAGAUGCUAUUGCUGCUUACAAGGAAAACAAGCUACAUCUGCAGCAACACAUCUCCUUGGAGUUUCUAAAGCUACAUCAGUUCCUGCACAGCAAAGAAAAGAACAUUUUAAGUGAGCUCCGAGAAGAGGGGAAAGCCUUGAACGAGGAGAUGGAGCUGAAUCUGAACCAGCUUCAGGAACAGUGUCUCCUAGCCAAGGAGAUGUUGGUGAGCAUCCAGGCACGGAUGGAACAGCAGGAUCCCUUCGACUUUCUCAAAGAUAUCACAUCUCUCUUGGAUAGCUUGGAACAAGGAACAAAGGUGCUGAUACCCAGAGAGCUUAUCUCCAGAAAGUUGAACCCAGGCCUGUACAAAGGUCCCAUCCAGUACAUGAUGUGGAGGGAAAUGCAAUCCUCUCUCUCUCCAGGCCUAUCUCCAUUAACUCUGGACCCUAAAACAGCUCACCCAAAUCUGAUGCUCUCCAAAAAUCAAACCAGUGUGUGGCAUGGUGACAUUAAGCAGGUAAUGCCUGAUGAUCCAGAGAGGUUUGACUCAAGUGUGGCUGUGCUGGGCUCAAAAGGCUUCACAUCUGGGAAGUGGUACUGGGAAGUGGAUGUGUCAAAGAAGACAAAAUGGACAGUUGGAGUCGUCAGAGAAUCCAUCAUUCGGAAGGGCAGCUGUCCUCUAACUCCUGAGCAAGGAUUCUGGCUUUUAAGACUAAGGAACCAAACUGAUCUAAAGGCUCUAGAUUUGCCUUCAUGCAGUCUGAAACUGACUAACAACCUCAACAAGGUGGGAAUAUACCUGGAUUAUGAAGGAGGACAGGUGUCCUUCUACAAUGCUAAAACCAUGACCCACAUUUACACCUUCAGUAGCACUUUCAUGGAGAAACUUUAUCCCUACUUCUGUCCUUGCCUUAAUGAUGGUGGAGAGAAUAAAGAACCAUUGCAUAUCUUACAUCCACAGUAAUUACUCAUACUAUUGUGUAAAUUCAGAGCGUUAUUAAAGAGGUAUUGAAAUAGUU